AUGCUGCCAACAGGCUCAUGCCAUUUUUAUAUUUAUAUACACUCAGUUGUGUUUGACAUAAUCAAGAAGGCACACCUGUGCAUAACUAAGGGCAAAACGAAAUAUUAAUAAUAAUAAAUAAUCCGCGACAGUGCUCCUUUAGCGCCUGUGCUCUUAUUGCCAGUGUGUGGGCCACGCAACAACAGACGACGUUGCACCUUCGCAACCGCCCGGCACGAGCCCCGUGUAGCGGCGCAGACAGCAGGACUGUGGCCUUUCUACCUGAGCCUCAUUGCAGAUCUCAUCAGCGUGCUGUUAGCCACCUUUAUCUUCAUAUCGCCAAAACCCUGCACAGCCAACUGCACGGUGACGAAAUCUUGACCUUUGACACCUUCCGCUGAAGACACGCUGUAUCUGUGGCAUAACCGGCGUGUACAAUCUUGACGCAGUUUUUUUUUCUUCUUUUCUUCUUCAAGCCUCGAAGCUGAGCCCUCGGUGGGCCUUCGCUUUCAAAGAAAUGCGUGUCUAGAGGUAGUAUCUUCGAGCAUGUCACACCUGUGAAUCAUGCCACAGCGCUGUCGGGCUGUUCACACAGGGUGGUAUAGAAACUAGUCCACAUAUGAACAAACAUACUUUCUUGAAUAAGGAAUCGCCUCACUUUUUCAUGUCUGGAGAAACUGUUUGUGUGUUCUUACUGGAUUGAAAACUACGUUUCAAAGUGUUGUGAAGAGAAGCUGGGUGUCCAGAGGUACAGGAAAAGUGAUACGAGCAUGCUGAUGUUCAUAGUUUGAUGUUUGUCGGAUGGAGGAACAAUAUCUCGGAAGGUCAGAAUAGCGACGACCUCUGACCUCGGCUAAGCCUAUAUGCUGUCGAUGAUGUUGUUCAUAUCAAGGAUGCUGACAACGACGAUGCAGAAUAUGCCUGAGGGUGACAGCGAGAAGAGGAAGAAGGUUGGCCACUACAUCCUGGGGUCAGUUCUUGGAGAGGGUUCCUUCACCAAAGUGAGGAUAGCUACCCACAUCAUCUCAAGAGAAAAGGUGGCAGUAAAAGUCAUCUCCAAGCGUCUGAUGAUUCAGCGCGAGUCUGUACGACGUCAUUUCCGGCGAGAGGCCCUCCUGCUUCAGCACGUCAGCCACCCGCAUGUCGUGAAGCUGUUAGAAGCCAUGGAAACGCCCAACAGCUAUUACCUGGUCUUGGAGCUGGCCGAGAAGGGGCACCUGCAGGCCUACAUCACUGACAGGAAGUGUUUGGAGGAGGAAGAAGCUCGCCGCUUCAUGCGGCAGAUCGUGUCUGCGGUUGACCACCUCCACCAGUCCGGCAUUGUGCACAGAGAUCUUAAGCUAGAAAACUUUCUUCUUAAUUCUGCAUUAGACAUCAAGAUCGUUGACUUUGGCUUAAGCUCGUUGUGUCAGCGACAGAACUCUCUGAACACUCAGUGCGGGUCCCCAGCCUAUGCCGCUCCAGAAAUUUUCAGCAACCGUCGCUACGGGGCUUCUGUGGACAUGUGGAGUCUGGGCGUUUGUCUUUACGCUAUGGUGAUCGGUCGCCUGCCCUUCCUGUCCGAGCACCAGGAUAAUUUGGCGCCUCAUGCACUGAUUCUUCGGGGAGCAACGAUCCCCUCAUUCCUCACCACAGAAAGCAGUCGCCUCACCAUCACUGAUGUCUUGAAACACAGCUGGAUCACAUGCAAUGGAAAUAAGGCAAUCACGCGCCACCCAGAGGUGGCCAAGGCUCCACCCAUUGCCAUCGACACCAGCAUAGUAAAGUGCAUGACCACCAUGUUCGGCUUCAACGAGAGCGACGUCCUCCAUUCCAUCACAGCUCGGAAGCUGAACGCAUCCUCGGCGACUUACUACCUGCUCAAACGACGCCUGGACGGUGGACACAGACUCAACGGAACGCAGUUAGCAGGCGAUGCUGGCAACAAAGAGGCUCGCCUAAAAAAGCUGGCUCUGUUUGGCAACAGCCCCAGCAGCAGUCACAGUGGUCUCGGCGAACUCUCCAACAGAAGGUCUUCUCUCCCGAAGCUUCCAUCGCUGAGCACAAGCUUUGCGAGCCUGGGCUCGAACCACCAUCUCCACCAAUCCAGGUCUCGACAGACGACGCCCACGGAUGCCGUUCGGACCAGCGUGUACCCUGCCGUGACUCACAACAUCCACCUCAACGUCAGUGGUAUGUCCCCUUUUCAAGGAAAGAAGACCCCCUCGGGGUCCGACCGCUCCUCUGUUGCACUUUUCCCAAGCAAACACGGACAUAUUGUGACGUCAUCGCACGCCACUGACGUGUCUCUACCACCGCCACCGCCGAACACGGCGUACGGGGCCCGCGGCAGGGAGUGGCGACCUUCGGCCUCUGACCCCAACCCAGUUGGAUCUCAUCACAACCCAGAAAAGGUCACACCAGGAUCUGCGUCGACGCUGAAAGAUCCCUUUGGUUGCAGUCACGACUCGUGGAACAGGCAGCAGGAGGAGGGAGGUGAAAAGGAGGCGAAGAACCGGAAGUGGGUGGGAGUGUCGUUGCUGGGUCCGAUGUCCUCUCGCAAGGCCUUGAUGCGUCGAGCGGAUGACAGGUUCGGCAAGUCGCAGGGCCACUCGGUCCUGAAGCAGAUCGCAGACGACUUGAAUCGCAAACGGCCGUCCGUGCAUGGUACGAGUCCACAUAGAGGAGAGCCACAAGCUGACGACCACGUAAAUGACGUGUGCAUCAGUGAUGACGACACCACCGGCAUCUGCGACGACAACUUUGCUGGGGAAGUGGCGGGGCCGAGGACAGACAUUCCUUUUUCUGGAUCGUUGGACCGAGAGGAGUUUCUCACCCCUGUGAUACGCGUCACCAUCACGUCGACGAACAAAACGUAG